CCUGCAGCCCUACGCAGGUUUAAUUUGGUAGAAAGCUCUACUGUGCUCAGUGGGAAUUAUUUCCAAGUAAACGCAGGGAGGAUCAGGCUAGAAGCCUUCAAAACGAAGAUGGAACUUUCCUACCUGUAUCCAUAGGCACUGAAGCUCUGGCUCUCCCGCAGCAAGGCACGAUAAAGCCGCAAGACCUGAGCCCGUUUGGACGCUGCCAUAUUGCAAACACGCUGCCGGGUCUCCUGGUAAGGCCCCUUCGACUUUGCAGCCUCCGCCAGAGCCUGAUUCCGGAAGCAGCGGAGAAGGGCGCGGAGCUCCAAACAGAUUUCACGGGAAGAAGCGAGCUGGGUUCCGCGUGGGGGGGCUACGCUUGCAGGGUAGGAGCUGGGCCUGGGCUGGCCUGUGUUGGCCUGUGUUCCCUGUCCGAGCGCGUCAGGCGCGGGCUGGGCAGCUUCGGCACCCAGCGUGCGAGCUUGACCUGGGGAGGAAAGGAAGGUAUCUCAUGUUUAUGACUUUCUCAAUGGCUUAUUAGUGAUGGAUAAACUGUUGGGGACUCUUUUCUAACUUCAGUAAUUGGCUGGCAAUCUCUUGCUGAAAGAUAGAAGAAUCUGCAUAAAUCAUCCCUGAACUGCUGCCAGUGUUUGAGAAGUAUUGGCUGCAGUUUCAAAAGCUAUAUCUGGAAUGCAAUCAGAUGACAUCUAUUGGGCAUUUCUUGUUUAUCAACACAGUUUGAGAGGCACCCAUUUUCUGAUGUUUCAAAGUGGUGCUGUCUAUCCAGGACGCUCUGAUGACUGCACACAGAAAGUUAAUACGAAUAGUCCACUACGGUAAAAUGGUUUCACCAUGGGGACUUCUGGGAAGAAGACCUGCCAGUUUUAGCCAUGCAUGGUGCAGAAGUAUAAACUCAGGUUGUGCUGCCAGCACCUCCACUGCAAACACAAUUGAAGUUCUUGGCAAAUCAUAUCUCCCAGAUGACUACAGCAAUGUCACAAAGAAGAUUCUUUCCAAGGUAGGCGAAAAGCUGCACAACCAAUGGCAUCACCCUUUGUGGCUGAUUAAAGAGCGUGUGAAAGAUCAUUUCUACAAGCAAUAUAUAGGGCGCUUUGGGAACCCACUGUUCUCAGUGUAUGAUGAUUUGCCUCCAGUGGUCACAGUUGAACAGAAUUUUGACAGACUGCUCAUUCCACAAGACCACCCCAGCAGGAAGAAAGGGGAUAACUACUAUCUGAAUCGUACUCACAUGCUAAGAGCGCACACAUCUGCCCACCAGUGGGAUUUGAUGCACUCAGGGCUUGAUGCCUUUCUGGUUGUGGGAGAUGUUUACCGUCGUGAUCAGAUUGAUAGCACCCACUAUCCGGCCUUCCACCAGAUAGAAGGAGUCCGACUCUUCUCCAACCACGAGCUGUUCAACAAUGUCAGGGGUGGAGAAAGCUUUUGCUUGUUUGAACAAGGUCACCGUACACCACACAAGCAAGAAAUGCACACCAUGGAAGCAGUAAAGCUUGUGGAACACAGUUUGAAACUGGCGUUGACAAAACUUGUGGCUCAUCUCUUUGGUGACGGACUUGAAAUUAGAUGGGUGAACUGCUACUUCCCAUUUACUCACCCGUCCUUCGAGAUGGAGAUCAACUUCCAAGGAGAAUGGCUGGAGGUCUUGGGUUGCGGAGUCAUGGAGCAGCAGCUAGUUAACUCAGCUGGUGCUGAGAACAAAAUUGGCUGGGCGUUUGGCCUGGGAUUAGAGAGGCUGGCCAUGAUCCUGUAUGGGAUCCCUGACAUCCGCCUUUUCUGGAGCAAAGACGAACGUUUCCUGAAACAGUUCCACGUGUCUCACAUUAACCGAAAAAUACAAUUCCAGCCUUUCAGCAUGUAUCCUCCUGUGAUCAACGAUAUCUCUUUUUGGCUGCCCUCUGAAAAAUACUCUGAAAAUGACUUCUGUGAUUUAGUCCGAACCAUUGGAGGAGAUUUAGUGGAAAAAGUCAGCCUCAUAGAUAAAUACACGCAUCCAAAGACAAAAAGGGUCAGCCAUUGUUACCAGAUAACAUAUCGGCAUUUGGAAAGAACCUUGACUCAGAAGGAAGUAAGCAGCAUACACCAUGCCAUUGAGGAAUCAGCUGUACGAGAAUUAGGAGUAGAGGGAAGAUUUUGACCUUGUAGCUGUGAAUUCUCUGCUUUUCUUUUUUCUUGUUCCUUCUGUUUAAAAACAGUUUCUGUCAUGUGGAAGGUUUUGGCAAUGGUGUAAUAAUUCAGGUAAUAAAAGGUGGUGGUGGGGAAACAGUUCCUAGCAACAUUAAUAAAAAAAAGCUUUUUGGGUAAUUUGUAUGUUAUGAAUAAGUUUUUGUGGUCAUAUGGAUUAAACUGCAGACCACAUGUGCUAUUUCUGCAUUAGCAGGAUAAUCCAUGUAUUCAGGACAGGACCUCAGACCAUCCACAGACACGUCAUCCAUAGGUUGUUUGUGGCUAUGGCACAACUGGGCAUUACCAAGGGGACCUGCAACAAAAAAAAGUUUCAUUGUGGAGUGUUCCUGUUCAGGUUCCAACCAUCUAGACAUACUCUCUUCUAGAAUACCCCAUUUUCUCCCCUCCCCUCCCCAGUUUUCCAUUUUUGCCUGUCAACAUUCGCUACCCACUGAGCAUGCUCAGUCCUCAUUGUGCUGUGCUUCAUUCUCUAUUGGCAUAUAGACUGAGGGAGAAACACUUUCUUCAGAUGCUAGGUUGAAUGUCAGAGGUAUAAUUUUAAAAGAGAAUCAAAGAGUGGGCACACAACCCCUUCCCACCCAUUCUCCCCUAUAUAUGCCCCCCAAUUCUUUUUAAAAAGCUUUCCUCACCCCCCUCCAGCUGGGCUUCAAACAUGGAAGUAUCCUAGCUGGGAGGAUGGGUGAGAAGAAACUUAUCAAAGGCAUUUAGACGAGCAAUCGACCAGUGCAGGGGGGUUAAGCAACCGCUCCCUGCAGUCUAUGAUCCACGGAAUACGUCUUCCACUUUCCCCAUCAUCACAGCAAGCAUGGGAUUGAAGCAAUGCAUUUUCCAAGAUAAUGGCUGCAUUCACAUAUAACAUUAAGCCAAAAGUCACAAACUGUGUUGAGUGGAUAGAGCUCCUUUGCAAUCGUUUUGCUCCACACCGUUGGUUGAACAAGUGAGGAAGCCACUAUGAUUUCAGGCAACUUGUGAACCUGCCAACAAUGGUUAAUGCCUUCAAAACGAGCCAGAAUAUGAAGCCAUGGCUUGAAGAUGGGAGCCACUUGGGCAAGCAAGGUUAAGUGUCCAACCACUUGUGCAAAGAGAGAAACAAAGUGGCUCUAGGAUUUUUGACUUAGCAUUGCAUGCAAACAUGGCCAAUGUCUAGUUUUGAGCCUUAGUUAGGCUGCAUUCCAGUACAUUCCUACUCAGAAGUAAGCUCCAUUGUGUUCAAUGGGACUUACUCCCAAGCUAGUGUGUAUUGGCUUGCAGCCUUAUUCACAUUGAAGAUCCAGACCCACAGAUGGCUGGAAGAGGAGGGGAGAAAUAUUUGCGGUUGGAGAUGGUUGGAUGGUGGUGGUGGAAGACCUUUCCCCCCAAUCCAGUGAAUUGUCAUCAGAGAGCAUUCUCUUUUCAGAAAUCAAAGCAUGAUCAUCCCCCUACCCCCCAAGAAAACCCCGCUUUCAAACAUGGGCUAUCAAUGGCUACUAGCCAUGAUGGCUGUGCUCUGCCACCCUAGUCAGAGGUAGUAUGUUUUUGAAAACCAGUUGCCGGAAGCCUCAGGAGGGGAGAGUGUUCUUGCACUCAGGUCCUGCUUGUGGGCUUCCCCCAGGCACCUGGUUGGCCACUGUGAGAACAGGAUGCUGGACUAGAUGGGCCACUGGCCUGAUCCAGCAGGCUCUUUUUAUGUUCUUAUGAGUUGCAGUGUGUUCUGUGAGCUUUCAAAUUUCAUAGGACUCCUUGUGAGGCAGGUAUUAAAUGAAGCCACUUCUCUUUUUUGGAGGGGAGGUAAGGGGGAAAAGGUAUUUAAUGUGUAUGGCACUGAGCCCUUUUUGCAGUCUGAGGAUGCAAUCCUGUGCAUCCUUUCUCGAAGUAAGCCCUAUUGAACCCAGUGGAUUUUAUUUCUGAGUAAACAUUCAUAAAGUAAAGCUAGUGAUGGAGGAAAUCCCCUGCAAACUAAUUAGGCUGAGGCUUGAACUUUGUGCAAAAAAAUUAUUGGACACAGAGGCUUGCUGGAAUACAUAACAAACCCAAAGCUUAAUUUAGCCUAUCUGGCUUUCCUUGUAAAGCUGUUAUGAAGGGAAACAGUUGUGAAUUACCUGAGCCACAAAUUGCUUUGCAAUUGCACCACUUCAGGCUCCAGCGAGUUCUAGCAUAAGCUAAUAUUCCCAGUACAGUAACAUUAAUCUGAAAAGAGCCAGGUACGGAGUACCACAAUCAAGACUUCAUUUAUCUCGCUAGGUCAUUUAACCGCCGUUGAAAGGCACAAUGUGUGUUUUGUCUCCGUUCUUUCUUUACUGUCUGAGACUGUAUCUCUCCUUGGUAUUGGCACAUCUGCCUGCCACCCCCACUGUAGUAUUGAAUAUUGCCAAAUUGAUUUUCUUAGAAAGAGAGCCAAAGCAGCGCUUUUGGUCUGGUUUGCACAUUGCACUUUGACUUACCAUGAGCAAGAAAAGGUGCAGAUUCCUGGCCUGAAGAUUGCAGCUGCAGCACUCCUCCUCCAGUCCCGCCGCUGCCAUGCUGUCAAAGUUAAGCCAUAGCUUUCACUGUGACUGAACUCAGGCUGGUAGUUUGCCUCACUCCAAACAAGCUAUGAGCAGAAACCAAGGCUUCUCCUUUACUUACCGCUCAUGGUUGUCAGAGAGAGACAACCCACCAGCCUGGGUACCACUAAGCCAAGCCGUGGCUUAGCUCCAGACAGCCUGGCAAUAGGAGGAUGGGGGAAGGAGCAAAGUGGCUGCCAUUUGUACUAUGAGUACCCACAUGCUCAUGCAUUCAUGCUUAGCCAUGGUUUAGCAUUACAUGCAAACUAGGCCAAUAGGCUUAACUAGGUCAUAUGGAUGUGUUUAAGUCUUGUUAAUACCGUCACAGCAAAAUUCUAUGCAUGCUUACUCUUUUGGAACGAAUGUUCAUUGAAGAACAUAAAAUGGGGAAU